CGAUCAAUCAUCCUUGCGCUCCACUACUUGCGUUCGCAUCCCUUGCGCCUUCAACUCGUCGCGUGCAAUCAUUGUUACAUCGUAUGAAUCCCAUACAGCACAGUCGCAAUGUCGCAACCUACCGGCAUGUUCAGUGUACGCCGUCCUCGCGAAACCUUGGGCAAUAUUCAGAACUUCUCCGGAAUCCCGCAACCUGCGUCUGCCGUCAAGCGCGUCUCCUCGAGCAAUGAACUGCGAAAUGCGCCCUACACUGCUUCCCAUGUCCGAUCGACCUCGAUCAACCAAAGCGUCCAGCGGCCAGCGCAGCCGAAUUUCCAUCGCUCAUCUUCAGGAGGAAAUCUAGCUGACAUGGGAAUGUCAACUGCGAGAAGGUCGGUCUCCAGCAACGUUUUUGGAAGCGCAAAUACUGGUAGACAGAGUCUGGCACCGAACCAGCUGUUUGGAUUGCAAACACCGGCGUCACAGAGCCUUCAGCGACGAAGCAGUAUAUUCUCGAGGCCAUCCGGCCACGGUCCAGUCGCGCACCAAUCCUUUUUCUCACAACCUCCUGCUCCUGGAAUUGCGCCGAAAGACCCGCGACCGCUCAGAGACUCUUCGUAUAGAGCGCGACUGAGUCAAGAGUUGCUAGACUAUCUGACACAGAACAAUUUUGAAUUGGAAAUGAAACACUCGUUGACACAGAAUUCGGUCAAAUCGCCUACCCAGAAAGACUUCACCUUCAUGUUUCAAUGGCUCUACCGGCGCAUUGAUCCAGGCUACAAAUUUCAGAAAAGCAUUGAUACGGAAGUACCGCCUAUAAUGAAACAAUUGAGAUACCCAUACGAAAGAGACAUCACGAAAUCACACUUGGUCGCGGUCGGAGGUCAAAAUUGGCCGCGGUUUCUUGGAUUGCUGCAUUGGAUGAUGCAACUUGCGCAGAUGUUGGACAAUUUCACGCGAGGCGCUUAUGACGAUGCAUGUGUGGAGGCUGGUGUCGAUGUCGUAAGUGACAGGAUCGUCUUCCGAUUCCUGUUCGGCGCAUACCAAGAUUGGCUUCAGAUGGGCCCUGAAGAUGAUGAAGAGAGUGAACAAGCAGCCUUGCAGCCACAUAUUCAGGCGAUGACCGAUGAAUUCGAACGCACCAAUGCGAAGCAUGCGGAGGAGCUGAAGAUCUACGAAGCAGAGCAUGAGGCUCUAAAAGCCCAGGUCGAGGAAUUUGAACGGAACGCGCCUGAUGUCGCCAAAUUGGACAAGCACUUCAAGAUCCUUGAAGACGACAAAAAGAAGUUUGAGGAGUACAAUGCAAACGUCCAGGCCAAGAUCGAAAAGUACGACUCGAGAAUCAAGAUACUUGAAACCGAGAUCCAGCGGACAGAAGCAGAUUUGCAAGUUGUCGAGCAAGAACGACAAGGCCUGCAGCAAUCGGUCGAUCGGCAAGGUCUGAACAUCCAGGACAUUGACCGCAUGAACACAGAGCGUGAACGCCUCACCAAGAGUCAUGAAGAUGCCCUGGCGAUGCUCGAUGAAGUUAACAAGAAAGUCCUCGAAAAGGAAGCCGAGACAGCCCGCAAACUUGAGGAUCUCGAAGCAAUCGUCAAGCGGUACAAUUCUCUAGGCUACCAGAUGUCGCUCAUCCCGUCGACCGCCGUCAAUGCCAAGGGCGCCGACUACGAGCUCUCGCUCAAUAUCGCGGAUAGUUUCUCUUCAUCGACAUCACGACGGCGCGGUUCUCCGGAUUCAGACCGCCUCCUGGCUGACAACAACGUCGGAUACUCGCCUGUGCAUCUUCUCAACCUCGACUUGCGAGGAGCAGUACGCAAUGCGUUCAUUAGCCUACGCAAGGAAAUCAACGAACGUCGCAAAGCCGCGGCGGAUGCGGACCUCAAUGCGCGGGACUUUCUGGACAAUAUUUCCGAAGCGCUACAUGAGAAGAACACGGAGAUUGACAAUUUGAACUACCGGGUCAACGAGGCGAGCCGCAUGUACGCCAGUCUCAAAGAGAGCCAGAACACGACGCACACGCAGCAGACGAGUGCCAUUGAAAAACUAGAAAAGGAAUUGGCCAGGAUGAGAGAAGGCUUGGAGCGUGGCGUGGUCGAGCUCGAGCAGCGCGAGAUGGAGGUCGGUGUCGCGUGGGAGAGUAUGCGCGAAGAGGCGGCAAGGGUCAGGGAGGAGCUGCACUCGGGCGUCGAGAGGUGUUUGGAGGAUGUCAUUCGGUUCAAGGUCCAUGUGCAGAAGGGGUUGGAGGAGUUUGAGGGCUGGGUUGGUGAGGAGGUCGAGGUUGAGUUGUUGGGGGACGAGAUGGAUGGCUUGGAGUUGGAUGGGAAGGCUGAGGAGGGUGAGCCUUGAAAAGCUGGAUUGAUCUUCUUGCAACGGCGCUUGUUGGAUACUGUGGAUGUGAUGAUGUGACGAAUUGGGAUGCAUUUAGGAAAUUCGGCUCGUUUGGCGCUGUGUGGAAAGGAUGAUCAUUAGGCCCAGGACUCGGUGUAGCAUGACGGGUUCAGGAUAUAUUGACUACGCCGGGAAUUCGUCUAUGAAUCAAUGGAUACUAUGCUUAUCAUUCCUUGCUCUAACUAAUUCA